UGAAGCACGCUCAGUCCGAACCACUGAUUCGACACAAAAGAUUCGUAAAUGUUUCGAAGCAGUGUUUCUCUUUGACCACCUUUUAAAACGUUCCCAGUUUAACUUUUCCUUCGUUGUGUUUUGGUAUCUGCAAUAUCAGCAAUGGUUUCCCUGUCUCUAAAUUCACUAAAACAAAUAAUGCGUGCGAUGGUGAAUAGUUCUGGUUUUGAUCGGGUUUUAAGCAAGGUUGAAAUCGUGUCUGCAGCACCUGGUAGAGUUGUGUGUGAGAUGAAGGUUGAGGAGGAGCACACAAACAGAGGAGGCACGCUUCACGGAGGAAUGACAGCCACACUGGUGGACGUCAUCUCCACUACUGCUAUUAUGUACAGUGAGAGGGGAGCACCGGGAGUCAGUGUCGACAUGAAUAUAACAUACAUGAAUGCGGCUAAAGUUGGAGAAGACGUAUUAAUCACUGCUCAGGUUUUAAAACAAGGAAGGACUUUGGCUUUUGCAACAGUAGAUCUCACAAACAAGGAAAAUGGGAAAAUGAUUGCUCAAGGAAGACACACAAAGCACCUUGGUGGUUAAAAAUGUAUGCGUAUGUCCAUGUUACUUUCCAUUACAUUGUAUAUAAUCAACUCCACAAUAAAGAUUGAUUUUUCGCACCGUA